AUGACGGAUUCCACUCCAAGAGACACUCGCACCUCUUCAUUGUCAUCCACCGAGAAAAAGAGAACGAGAGUCCAGCUGUCUUGUACAGCCUGCAGAAGCCGGAAACUUAAAUGCUGUCGCACAUAUCCGUGCACGAACUGCAAGAAGAGAGGUGAAGCCCUCUCCUGCACCUUUGUCGGUCGGGGUCCUCGUGGGAGGACUUCGCAUGGCCGGACGAGUCCAACUCUUGUCCAGGACCGUUUGCAGCAUCUCGAGAAUCUGAUUCUAUCCUUGACUCAGAAAAAGAGUCUGGCAGUAAACCAUGAUAUUCAUAGGCCAGAGGAACAUGAUGGGCCAGCUACGAACCGGACAACUGACGACCGAGUAACUCCAAGGCCGCCUGCUACCAGCACAGGCUUCGAGCCUAAGGAGUCCCCGCUGGACCCGUCUAGUAAGCUGGUAAUGGAAAACACUGGAACGAGUUACAUUGACGGUGCUCAUUGGACUGCUAUACUCGAGGAAGUCAGUGAAUUCCAAUGUCUCCAUGUUAUUUGUCUUGUGCUAAUGAGUCACUCGCAGAUUAACGGCGUUCGGGAACACUUGCAAGAAAGCAAUGAUAUUUCAGAUGACGAAGCACUCGACGACGGUCACCUCAGCACCCCCUCGCCAACUCUUCUCUUAGGAUUGAACAAAACGGUGAGCAAAGAAGACUUAUUAGCCGACAUUCCGCCGCGGCCGGUGACAGAUCGACUCAUAGCACAAUUCAUCAAUAGCAAAGAACCCGUGUUAAUGACUGCAAACAUUUACUCAUCUAUUUCGCAGUAUAAUCUGUUCUGGUCAAUACCACAGGCUGCAUCUCUCUCGUGGCUAGCAUUUUUGUAUGCUAUCCUCACCCUGUCAAUUGCCAUUCAACAACGUCUAAGGGAGCCCUUACCGGUCUACUUAGAGGACUCCCGGGACAUUAUUAGUACCUUCAGGAAGCGAGCCGCACAGUGCCUUGUCCAGUCAAAUUACACACAGCCUGGAAAGUAUAAGGUCGAGGCGCUUUUCUAUUAUACCUUAGGAGAGUUUUAUCGAAGCAAUGAUGCCCAGGUCAGCGUAUCCUUCCUCCUUGGGAUCACUAUUAGGUUAGCGAUGCGGACGGGGUAUCACCGUGACCCGCGGCAUUUUCCCAGCAUCUCCGCUUAUGAAGGCGAAAUGAGGAGACGUGUGUGGGCGACUAUGCGUCAACUAGACAGCUUGAUCUCGUUUCAAGUCGGUCUGCCACGGACGAUACAGGACUGGCAAGAUGAUGUCGAGCUGCCGCGCAAUAUAUGCGAUGAAGACUUCAACGAAGGUACUACGCAUCUGCCACCAUCGCGACCGGAGUCUGAGCUCACCACUGCGUCCUAUAUUCGAGCGAAAUCGAGAAUCAUGGCCGUGUUUGGCAAAAUCUCUGAUCUUGCGUAUUCGCGGGAACCCGUGACCUACGACGAAGUUCUUGAAAUUGACCGUCGGUUGGAGGAAGUCUAUGGCCUUGUUCCUUUUAACUUUCGAAUACGGCCAGUGGAUCAAUCAUUCGCAGACCCAUCGGACCUGAUUCUCCGGCGAUACACUUUGGAGCUAUUGUAUCAAAAAGCUCGCUGUGUCCUCCACCGACGUUACUUGGGUGAAGUCCAUAGUAAUCUCCGGUAUGCAUAUUCGAGAUGGGUUUGCAUGAGUGCAUCCAAGGAGAUACUCCGUCAUCAAGCAGACUUGCAUCAUGAAACUCAGCCCGGAGGAAUCCUGUAUCGAGACAGGCAGUUCCCAAAUUCACUCCAGAAUGCUGACUACCUGCUUGCUGCGAUGAUCAUCUGUCUAGAGUUGUCCUAUGAUCCUCCGGGGGAGCCGACCAUCAACAGCGAUGUAACGGUCGUUAUCAAAGGCCGCGAAGACCUUCUAACUAGCUUAGAAACGUCCCAUCAAAUUUUUGAGCAAAGUCGCCGACGAUCGAUGGAUGCACAAAAAGCAUAUGCUGCGUUGACAACUAUGCUUCGAAGGGUUAAGAAAGCGGGUUUGAGCACAGCAGAGCCGAUUAAACGACUGCCAGCUGGCAACCCAGAUGGCCAACCGGUUAAUACGCACACCACUCCGCCUCCCUCGUAUGAAAAUUUGAGCGUGGCAAACGCACCAUACUCCGUUGCUACCUCGAGCGAAAUACCUGGGCUGGAUGUGGUAGAACCUCCUUUUAUAUCGUUGGACGUGAUCGAAGGGAUGCUUGAUGCUCCUUCGAAUAUCGACUGGGGUCCCGCACAGCCGUCAAGGAACAACAGCCUCUGGUUUCCUGACCCUGCGUUUAGUGGCAUCGGAGAUAGCAAUUCGCAGAAGUGA